GUGUAAGUCACGGUUGUUAUUCAAGGUGGCCAUGGAAGGUGACAAGAGGAAGAAAGCGGGAGAGGGAGAUUCCAGCAUCCGUUACAGAGGUGUUAGAAGGCGACCAUGGGGGAAAUUCGCAGCGGAGAUUCGGGACUCGACGAGGCUAGGAGGACCUCGGUUGUGGCUAGGAACCUUUGAUACAGCGGAAGACGCCGCUCGAGCUUAUGAUCGAGCAGCUUUUGCAAUGAGGGGUGCCUCCGCAAUUCUAAACUUCCCAGAUGAACAUAUGGCUUCACCCACCACCAAUCCUCCACCUUCUUCAUCAAUGGCUUCUUCUUCUUCUUCAGCCAUAGAAAAUGCAGAAAGGAAGAGAGAGCAUGACACACAAGUUUUGGAGUUGGAGUACUUGGAUGACGAAUUGUUAGAGCAACUCCUUGAUUUUGAUAAUAAAGACACUAAGAAAGACUGAAACACGUGGUUUCUUCUUUCUCUAACUCUGACUUGCUUCAGCAAUAAAGCAGGGGGUGUUGUUAUCCCUGGGAAAUAACAUGGUUUCUUUGUCAGCAAAGCAAAAACCAUCUGUAUAACCUCUUUGCAUUUAGUUAUUGUAAAAAAGUAGUGUAACAUAACAGGGGCCUAUAUGGAGACCCCGUAUUGCAGUUUUGGUUGAUUUGGAUUUUGCAGUUUAUCUACUUUAUUAUACUUGGUUUUUCAGGUAAGCUAAAUUUUCAUUUAAUUCAUUCGGC